AUGUUUAUCACCAGGUAUUUGGCAUCAUUUAUUAGUACAUUUCUACAUGGUUUAAUAAAAAAGGUGAAUACUGAUUCACUGUCUGUGAAUAUUUUAAGAAGUUUUAUUGAAUUAAAAGAUGUUGAACUUGAUGACAAUGUUGUUAGUUAUUUAAGGGCAUACUUUUCUUUUGAACGUGGAGUUAUAGGUAAACUACGUAUAAAGGUUCCUUGGACGAACUUGUAUUCAAAGCAAUGUGAAGUUUCACUGGAGGACGUUCUCCUUGUAUUUACAACAACAUCAUCAUCUUCUUUACCUUCUGACCACAACCACAACCACCACCACGACGAUGACGACAACAAUGAUGAUGAUGAAAAAGAAAAAGAAAUGAUUAGAGUUAAAGAAAAGAUAGUUGAAUUAUUGGAAGGAUUUGGACCUAAACCUGUGAUAGAUGCAUCUAGGGAUUAUUAUCCAGUCUUUGGACGGCUUAAGGGACUCAUUUUACGUAAUACUACUAUUAUUAUAAAGAAUUGUCGCGUACGUUAUGUUCAAGUGGGUGAUAACUAUAAUAGUGCUACUAUAAGACUUAAUAAGCUUACUUGCACAUCUGUAUCUGUUUCAGGUAAACCUGUUUUUAUUACUAAAGAUUCAAAUGAAUAUCAUCGUGCUAUUAAUGUUGAAGAUGUUUCACUUACUAUCGCUUCUAAUGACUGUAGAAAAUCUCUACAUAAUUUUCGUUCAAUAAAAACAAUUGGAGACUUUAAAAAAAAAGUAAAUGACGAUAUUGAAAUGGAACUUGGAUCUUAUGGCUACACUCUAAAACCUUCUUCUCUUGAAUUACAUUGUGUUAUACAUAAUGAAAAUUCGACUCUUUCUUUUGGUAGCUACGCUAUGCUUAAUUGUAAUGAGGUUCAUCUUUGCCCAUCUAAAGUAAAGACAUUGUUAGCGAUAACUAGAGAAAUUCUUUCUUUAAGAGCAGAAAUUGAUAUUUACUCUAAAAUAAGACCAAAAGAAAGACCUAACUCUACAAAUAAAGAAACUAGUAGAACAUGGUGGAAAUAUAUCUUUAAUCGAGUUUUAUUAAAUAUACCUCGUUUAAAGAAAAGAGGUAAAUUUGACUGGAAUCUUUACCAAGAGUGGAAGUUACUAUGUGAAGAGUAUUAUAAGUAUCAUCUUUUUUCUUUAGGGGCUCCUUGGACUUCUGAAGAAGUUAUAGAUUCAAAGAGAGUAAAAAAAGCUAUUCAUUCUCUUUCAAUUGAAUCUCUUAUUCAACUUAGACAACAGGCCAAAUAUACUUUGGAGCAAUUUAAUCUGUUUGGAAAGAUUUUUCCUAGAUACUAUGGAGAUACUUUAUAUGAUAAAAACAUGGAAUACAAAGUAGCAGCUGUAGAAGUACUAAAAGGUACUAUAAAUGUUUCCUAUAUACCUACUAAUGUAUCGAUUGGUAUCAAAAUUCCCAAGUUAUUAGUUAUUCUUGAAGAUAAGAAUAUUGUUGUUAGGAUAUGGUUUAACGUUUUUAAUCUAAUGUUGACAUACUCAAGUACAACAACAUUACGUGCUAUAUCAUCAAUAUCCUCAAUUCAAGUUUCUUUAGGAUCUUUAACACGAGAUGAAUGGACUAUAUGUCAUCUUAUGGGUAUAUCUAAAGUUGAUGAGGGUAUAGUGUUUUCCUAUUUAAAAGAAUCUAUUAAUAUAGAACUAUCAAUAACCUUAAGUUUAUUCAAAAUAUGGUAUAAUAAGUUAUUGUUAGAAGAAAUAAUAUGUAAUGAUUCUAUUGUUAAAAUAGGAAAUAUAUUAAAUACUACCAUGUCUUCUUUUGGUAUGGAUACACCAAUAACUCUAAAAACUAAAAAAGAAUUACGUAUUCAAAAAUUUAUGAUGAAUUUUGGGGAUAUAGAAGUUUCUAUGAAAGAUUUGGAUAUCGUAUCACCUUUAAGGUGCUCUCAAUUCUUUAUUACUGAUCUUAACAAUUCUCCUUUUAUUAUGCUUACGAAUCUUACACUAUUUUAUGAGAUUGGUAUUUCAUUAGUUUUAGAAAAGUCAUAUAUUUCUGGAGUUUUAUCAAGUUUUUACAAAUUGAGAAAUAUGCUCUCAGAUGUUAUGUUACUCUUGAAUGAUAUUUCAAAAUUGAUAAAGCAAGAAAAUUCACCAAAUAAGGUUGAAGCGUUAAGUUUGUUAGAAUUUAAAUCUUCUUCUUUUAUUAUUGAUAUGUUAGAAGAAUGUAACCCUCUUCAAAUAAAAGAAUUUACUUUACAUUUAAAAUUGGGUAAAAAUCAAUUGAUUUCUCUCAAUUGUAUAAAUAUGUCUUGUGAUUCUUUACUAAAUAUAGGAUGUAUGAAUUUUAUUAUGUCUUGGGAUAACCACAAGGACUGUCAUUUAUUAGGAGAACCUUUAAAGAAUUCCAAGUCUGAUAUUGUAAUUUAUACAUCCCUUGAACAAGGGAAUGUUGUUCUUGAUACUGAUUUUCUUGCCUUACUAGAAUUUUUAAAUGAUCUUAUCUGGGUACUAUUUUUUCCAGCUAAAGAGGUAACUCCUAUUUUUUAUGAUAAAGAAUUGGAAAUCCCUUUUCUUGAGGUUAUUGUUUCAUUUGGAAAUAUUUCUUUUGUUGUUAUUGGAGAAUCAUUAUGUACAUGGAGGUCACCUUUUAUCUUGAAAUGUAACAGUCCUAAUAGUCUUAUAAUUGAGACGAAACGUUUUAGUGAUACCCGUAUGAAUGUAAUAAUUAAGGUUGGAAAUGAUUGUUCUUGUGAUGUUGAUGAAUAUAUGUUAAUGAUUCCUUCUAACUCAAAUACAGAAACCCUUAAAAUAGUUAUGGAGUGGAAACCUCCUAGUAUAUUGGAUAAAGUGAAUUGUUAUACUACGUUAAAAACAACUAUAUUUACUACGAAACGUUUUUUUACUUUUCACUUACCUGCAUUACAAGAAUUUCUAUAUCAGUUCAAUUUGUUGGGUUCCCCAUUAUAUAGAUUAAAGAGUAUUGGUUCUAGAGUGCAUUUUGGGUUACGUACAUUUCAUUCCUCUGUAUAUAAUGUUCCUUUUUGGCCACAAAAAAAUAUAAUUAAUAUAAAAAUAAAGAAUAAUAUCAUAUUGUAUUAUCCAUGGGGUAAAAUUUCUUCUAAUUCUUCUACUGAAAAGAAUAAUCAUACGCAUGUGAGAUCUAGUGUUCCUUAUGGUAGAAUUACAUGGAUAUACGAUGGGUUUACCAAAUAUAUGUCAACUGAAAUAUGUUUAGUUGCCAAAUUACCUGAAUUAGUGGUACAAGAAACAUAUAAUGAUAUUCCUGAUGUAUUUUUAAAAGAAAAUAUUAUUCUAUUGGAUAUAAAGUAUAAUGUGGACUAUAAUAAAAAUACACCUAAGGAGGACAUUACUGUAACAAUAAAAAAUACUCAACUACCAAUAACAGAAAUUAUAAAUUUACAAGAGGUAAAAGAACCUCAUCUUUAUAUUGGUAGUAAUAAUCAAAUUCUUAUUUCUUUUAAAGAAGCAUUUCAUCUUAUUUUAAUUGCAAGUGCUUUUUUUUCUAAUACUUCAACGAAAACUAAUUCUUCUGUAUCCGUUGUCUCUCAUCGGGAACGAUUAAUGAAAGUUUAUAUUGCACCAUUUGUGGUGUUUUCAAAUUCUUUUGCAGUUGCUUUUAUAUCAUGGGAAUAUAUAAAUGCAAUCUUUCAAAAUGAAGGAUAUAUGAUUAAUGCAAGAGGAUUUACUUUUUUAUGUGAUGAAUUGUUACAAUUGAAUGAGGAUAUUGGAGUACAAGCCUUGUGGGAACUUUUUGCUUCUAUAAGAUUCUCUGGAGCCUUUCUAGAAAUCUCUGGAAAUCGACAGAAGGAGGAAGAUUCCAUGACAAUAACUAAAACUUCUAAUAUUGAUGGUAUAUUGAUAUCAAUAGGUGGUAUUUUUUUACAUAUAACUGAGGAGAGGUUACCCUUAUUAUCAGAAGAAUUUGCAACUAUUUAUGCAGUUCUUUCUUCUAAUAUUCCAUCAUUACCUUCAAGAGUAUUGUCAUCAUCAUCAUUAUCUGAAGAUGAUGUCGUUGUUUCAUCUGAUAUUAAUCAAAGUUCUAUGAAAGUUAUUAUUUCAGAAGUUCAUUUUGGAUUUACAUGGAAUAGCCGAAUUAACGAACUUUAUGGAAUGAUUCAUUCUGCUUUUCUUGGUUUAACCUUGACAAGUAAUGGAGCUACAACUUUAAAUGAUGGUAGUGUAGUAUUAAAAUGGUUUAAUAAUCUUUCUAAAAGUGAAGGGAUUGAAAAAGGACCAUCUAUCUUGAUAUUUGAAAAUGAUAUUGAAACUGUACCUAUUAUUGAGACAUUUUCCCUUACGACGCAUAUACCUGCUCAUAAUGAACUCUGUGUAGUAGUUACACCCAUUCAUUCAAUCUUAUCUCCUUCUACCUAUUUACAUCUCUUUGAACUAUUUGGAUAUCAUUUAAAGUUUAAGAGAGAAGAUCCCGUAAGGGUGGUACGAGAACGAGGAAAAAUCUUUACAGAAACCGAUGUAUUAACUGAAAUACCUUCUGUUAUGGAAAAUUCUAUUUGUGAAAUGAAAAAUAUGAAGUCUUUGCAUAGUAAUACAAUGGAAUCAUCAAUCUUUAGUAAUGAUAAUGAUAAUGAUGAUGUUUCCUUUACCCGGCGCUUCUCUGUAGAGUUUACUAGAGUAAAAAUUACUGUGAAUGGAAGUCAAGAUGCAAAUAACCCUGAAAGUGAAAUAAGGUCAGUAGUUUGGUUGGAUCUAGAACAAAUGGUAUUUCAAAUAUUUUCAAAUAAAAUUUCAUUUUUCUUGCAAGAGGCCAAAUUGGGUUGUAGUCGUGAAUUAAAUAUAUUUUCUAUUUGUGGAUUAAAAUUUGAUUACUCACGUAUAGCUACUUCUAAACAUGGAUUAUCUGGUAUAGUAUGCGCUAUAGAGUCUUUGAUAAUGAAACUUGAUGCUCUUUCUAUUUUAAGUAGCUUUGAUGUACUUGUUAAAAUUCCAGCAGAGGAGAUUGCACCUUUUUAUUGGGUAACAAUGCAUCCAAACACGGAUAUAAAAUUUCAACAAUAUACAGGAAAAAAACGCAAAAUGACUGUUAUUACUAUUAAUACAAAUUUAUGGGAAUUAACUCAUGAUAUAUUACUUAGUCGUGAUGAUGGUUUUGUAUUACUAUUUUCUAGUGCCAACACUAACAAUAUUCAUGUAGAGAUGAAUGGACAUUCUAUUAUUAUAGAACCUGCACGUAGAGGGACUGGUGCGGAUGUUGUAAUGAUAGUAGAUGGAGGACUUUCUUUAACCUUUUCCGGUGGUCGUUUUAUUUUACCAUGGUUUGCUUCUGGAGAACAUCAAUUACGUCGAGUAGAACGUAUGGGAGAGGAAGUAUUGUUGCUCCCCUUUAUGGCAAUAGGUGAAGGAAGUUUUAUUCUCUCUCAUAAUAUACGGUAUACCACAUCUGAAAGAUGUAUUUUACAGGAACAAAAAUAUAUUCCUAAAAGAAAGAAAAAUAAUCAACCAUGGAAACUAUCUCUAGGAGUUGAUUCUGUUUCUGUAUAUUUGUCUUCUCAAGAAGAACAUGGUACUCUUCAAGUAAAUCUUGCUAUUGAAGCUAAUCUUCUUUUACGUAAUGGGUUAAUUGAAAAUGGUGAGGCUUCUAUUGGUAAUUUUACUCUUAUUAGUCGAACCAUCGAUUCUGCAUCAACAAACACUAAUUUUCAACAACCAUUAGCAACAUCACUGUCAAUAUCAACAACAUCAACAGCAGCAGCAGCAUCAACAUCUGUAGUAGAAAAUACUAUCAUUAAUCCUAUUACUAUUUGUAUUAAUUGUUCUGAAAAUCGUGAUUUUGCAUUCUCAAUGAGUCCAAUUGUAGUUAAUGUUAUUAUAAACGAUUUACAAUUAUUAAAUUCUAUAUUACAAGAGGGAACCGAUAUUAUGCGUCAGACUACAUUGUUCCGACAUUCUCCUGCAGAACGUGAAUUUGAACUUCAGAUUCAACGAAUUAUGGGAUGGAAAAGUGUUGCUGUGAAUGAAGGAGUAUAUCAAGAAGAAAUAGAUCCUCGUUUUACAGAGGAAACACAAGGUGAAGAUGAACAACACGUAAAACCCAAGUUUUCUUUAGCUGCAUUCUCACCAUUAAUGGAUGUAACAGUUGGAAGUCUUAAAUAUCCAUUAUUACAGGUAACAUUAUCAGAUCUUGUUUUAAAGAUAACUAUGUUUCGAAGAAGUAGAACUACCUUGUUACAACAUCAACAACUUUUUCUUCGAGUAUAUGGAAAAGGACGAUGGGAUACUGUUAUACCAGCUAAAGCAGCUAUUACUCUUGAAGCCGUUCAUUCUUGGUUUAAACAGACUAGAACCACACAAUAUCGUUUACAAUGUGAUGAUUUAGUUAUAUAUACUUCACAUUUAUUACUUUCCAAGAUGAUACAUAUUAAUCGACAAUGGAUGGAAUUACAGUUAGCUAUGAGACAAUAUCAAGAUAAAUUAACAACUGGUGGAUCAUUCUUAUGUAAUGCUUUUUCUUUAGGAACUGCUACUCAUCGUUUUAUUAAUACCUUUAGUGAUGUUUUUUAUCUUUUUAUUGGUAAAGAUUUGGAUCAAGGUGAAAUUAUUCCACUUCCUUCUUGUACAGCAGUAGAUCUUACUAUUCCAUAUAAUAAAACGGAUGAAAUUCGGCUUUACCUUUAUCCACGCUAUUGUAUUACCUUGGAUGAACAUGGAAGACAUGUUCGCAAUGAUGAAGGUUUACUUAGAGAUAUGCGUCAUUCUAGUGUCGUAGUGAGUGAAUUACAAUAUGGACAUGCUGUAGGUCUUGUUAUAGAUGAUCUUCUUGUGGUAAUGUCAUGUGUAGAAACACAAAAUAAUUAUAUGAGUAAUCCAUCCUUAUUACCAGAACCUAACAUAAAUUUACAAGGUACUUCUUCUGCUUCUAUUUCUCUUGGAAAUAAUAAUACAAGAGAAGUACCUUUAUUUGGACAUUCUUCAAGAUCUUCAUAUGUGAGUGCGGAUGAAGCAGGUUUAGUAGUUGUUCGUGUACAUUCACGUACUGCAUUAUAUAAUGCCAGUGGGAUGAUUAUUGAAGUACGUCAACAUAUUUUUGGAGAAUUAGAUGAGAUACCAUUAAGUGAAGAUUUUUGGAUUUUUUUACCCAACACAGAAUACCCUCUUUGUGGAACUUGUAGUCGUGUUGAAGUUCGUAUUACAUUAAAUAAUGCUUUUUAUAGUGCUUCACUUAGUACACUUUCCCUUGAAAGUGGUGUAUUUUUGAAUUUUCAGCCAAGUGGAGAUGUAGCUUUACGUACAGCAAGAUACAAUACUUUACCAGUAUCGUUAUUCAUAGUGUUACGACGAUAUGCAGAAAGUGGUUCAACCGUUGUGCUUCUCCUUCCUCGUAUGACAGUUAUAAAUCAUAUUGGUAUUCCUGUAAAGCUUUCACUGUGGCAAGAGGAACCUUUAACUGAUGAAAUCUACGAAAAGGAAGAAAAUGACGAUAUGAACGAAAAAGGAAAAGGAAGAAGAGGAAGAAGAAGAAGUAGUGGUGGUGGUGAAUCUUCACUUUGGAAGUUCCUUGCAGGACAAGGAUCACAGGGACGACUUAUAAAAAUUGGUUCCCAUGACGCUCUUUCCCAUCAAGGUUCCCUUCCCAUAUCUCAGUGUUCCUACGAUUCCAGUCUCUACAUGAGCCUUUCCUUCUCCCAGACGGGUGGAGAGACACUUGAGACGGGACUUGAGGAACCUGUGCGGGUGUGUGGCCGUCUCCGUCGUCGUGUGGGGCGUGAGCCUUCCGUGUUGUCCCUGCGGGACUCCGCCGGCCGCCGCUUCCACGUGCGGGUCGCUGUGAUGCAGCGGACCAUUCUCCUCUCGGUGGGUCUGUGGGUGGUGAACCUGACGGAGUUCCCGGUGCUCCUGGCGGUGGCGAGUCCCCCGCGCCGGCCCGCCGCCGGGCAGAUGGUCCACACCGGCAUCCCCCCCUCCACCGGCGUCCCUUUUCCCAUCGGCUGCCGCCUGGCGGAGACCCCCGGCGUCGCCCUCACCCUCGGCCUCGAUGGCGGCUGGUCGGCGGAGAUCCCGACCCUCCCGGGCGCCAACGGCGUGGCCGAGUCCUCCAGGCGGGAAGCAGGGAUUACGAGAAGUUGCAACUAUGUGAUGCAGUUUCCACGUGUGCAGGAGGGAAGACCAGUGGUGUUGCUCCUUACUCCACGGUGGGUGUUUGUUAAUAACACCUCCCGACGGUUGAAGAUUUACUUUGCAUGCUCAAACGAUAAGGAAGAGGAGAAACAGAAAAAGGAGAAAAUGAUGAGGACAUCAUGGGGUAAACUAUCAGAUGAUAAAGACACUUCUACUUCCACUAUCACCACUACCACUACCACCACAGCAACAGCAACAACAAAAAGAAAAAGUAGAGAUAUAUUGAGUAUGGAGACAUUGGGUUCUAGUUAUAUCCCACCAGUAACUCUUCGUCCGGGUGAACACCACUUUAGUUGUCUUGGAACGGCAGUUGGAAACUUUAUCGCUUUUGAAGAUACACUAGAAGACAUUGUUCCAUCUAUUACUUCUUUUUCUAGUGGAAACGUACGGCAUACUAAUCUUUCAGACUUUUAUGAAGUGCACCGUACGACACCAAUGUCUGUGGAUGAACCAGGACAUGCAACGUUUAAUUUAUGGGCAACAUUAAAGCCACCAAAAAAAGUUCCCUCUGUUGCCUAUGGAGCAUUGGUGACGGGAGGAUCAUCAUCAUCAUCUUUAUUAUCCUCAGGAGCAACAAGAAUAACAAAACCAAUCCCAACAAGUGAAAUACCCCCAUCAUCAUCAUCAUCAUCUAAUUCAUCCUUCUCAUCGGAUAGUUCGUACGCUGGUGAUGACAUUGCUUUCAUUACUGGUCGUCUCAGUGUAACAGUACAGGACAGUAAUAAUCUAUUAGCUGUAGUAAUAGAUACUCUUCAUGCCACAAAUAUAUUAAUUCAGAAUCGUGCUCGAAAUACUGCUAUUGCUGUACGACAAAAAGGAACUCCACGUCGAAGUAUUAUACCACCUUGCCAAGGUCGUUUUUUUCUAUGGGAAAAUUAUCGUACUGCUGUUCCUGUUAUUUUAAUUCAUAUUAUUGGGUAUAAGGGUGCAUGGUUUGAAGUAGACUUUUCACGUGGGACCUCCGAAGUACGACGAUGUGCUACUUCUGAAGAUACAAAAGAUAUACUUGCACCUUUUCACGUAGUUGCAUUUUCAAAUGCACGUGAUGUGGAGCGGGUAACAAUUCUUUUAACAGAUGAAAUAAUUCCAUUAUAUGCUUCUUUUGAUGAAGCAUGGCACACAAGUGUGGGUCACACAUUUUCUGCACCUUCAUUAGAACUUGUAUUGUGGCUUACAGAAGAGGGAAUGGCAAAUACCCGUCCACGUGUUUCAUUAAUGCUACGUGACUUAAAUCUACAGACACUAAACGCAGGGAAUACGAGUACUGUCUCUAUGAUGUUGCACCGAUUACAGAUUGUAGAUGUGCGAGAUCGGGAUACGGGUACUACAGCUCUUGUGGUUUUUCAUCGAGCGAGUCCAGAAGGUGCGGAUUCUGCAGAAGAAGUUUCAGGUGGUAUUCUACGCUGGUUUUGGCGUGGUGAAGAGGUACCUCAACAGGACAUACAGGCAGUAUACGCUGCGGUGCGAUGUAUAGGAGGAGGGAAGCGGGUAACGGAGUUAUCAUGUAUACUCUCUCCUUUCGCUUUGGAUGUUUCAGAUCAUUUUGUUGUUUCAUUAUGGAAUGAGUUGCGAGAUUUACUAUUAUUGUUACCACUUAUUAAAGGUGGUAAUCGUAGUAGUGAUGGUUAUACAACGGUAUCGGGGGGUUCAUUCAUACUAACAUCUUUAUCACGACACGCUUUUUCACGAGAAGUAUUAAAUAAUAUUCGUCAACCAGAUUCUGGGAAUAUUAUUACUAGUAGUACUACUACUACUGGGAGUACUAGUACUACUUCUGUUACAGCUUCUGGUACUUCUAGUACUGCUGUUGUUUCUCCUUUUUCCUCUGCAAUGAAUGCUGAUAGGGCACCUGUGAUUCUUUUUAUUGAUCAAGCACGAUUCUCACGUGUUACACUUUUCAUUACCUUUACACGUCACAAACCAGAUCCACUGUGGGACCUUUUGGGAAUAUAUACACUUAUGAUUCCUAAGCGUUUCCAGCAUAUGGAGUUUACAUGGCCUGUAUUACUUGUUGAGAGUGAUGCCACAACGUGGGGAUUACUGCAGGCACGUCUCUGGCGAUGGUUGUUUGAUGGUGCCAUGCGGCAAUGGACGAAAGUAACACGUUUUGGAAAAGUUGUGGAUAAGUUCACUGGUAGUGGUACACAUGAGCGAUUAGAACUGGCAGAAACACCAAAACCAAUGCUUCCAUAA